GGAGAAGUUACGCUUGUUUCGCCUUCAGAAGAAUUUGGAAUCUGCUUCCACGUCACAACAAAUAGAGAAGAACUUAGUCAAAAGUCAAAACAAAAUAUCUUUAUUUUCACCUGUACAUUCUGUAUGUUUCGGACCUGAAGGCUCCUCUUCAGCAGGUUAACAACAUUCUAUUGCAAUUUUAAAAGACAAUAAUAUCGCACCCGACAAUGAUAUUUAAGACAGACAUGACAGAAGAAGUGGUAGAUGAAUCCGAAGAACCUCUUCUUGCCCCCAAAGAAAGGUACGAGCCACCUCCAUCUACUGUCAAUCGCAAACUAGAAAUGUCCAUUUUGGCACUGAAGAUUGUAUUGUGGUGUUUAACUAUGGCCCUGUUUGUAGUAUUGGAAUUUGGAGCGGUAUUUUUUGUCCUUUCCAUCUUCUACUUUAUGUACUGUAAUUUCAGAACCACACCGCGAAAAAGUGAUGAAGUGAGCGCUUAUUCAGUCUUCAAUCCUGGCUGUCAGAGGAUUGAAGGAACUCUCAGUGCAGAACAGUUUGAACGAGAACUCAAGUAUGGAGCCGCAUCUGUCCAUUGAUUACAAUCACAAAUGUUGAUACAACAAAGAGAUGCUAUUAAUCAAAAACAUAACUAACUGUAAAAGUAUUGAAGGACAAAAAAUUAUAUUUUGUUGUGGAUGUGAAUAUAUUUUAUAUAUUUCUGAGAGCAGGAGAUAGACUGUAUGUAUGAUGUAUGUGUGCAUGUAUAUAUAUAUAAUUUUCUGCAUGGUAUUUAAGAAAUGACUGUUAACUUAAUAAAGAAAGUGGUGAUUUGUUGUUAUAACAAUACAUUCUCUGCUAUUUUUUGUAUUUAAAGAAUGCGUACCAGUCUAUUUUCUAGGGUGAUGUUUAUGAUGGAAGGAAUUUGGCAAUAAAUAUUUUAAUUUUAUAGUUGAAAAUAUUUGCAUUCGUAUUCGUAAACAUUGCCAAAAUGAUUUGCAUUGUCAUAUUUUCCUUAUUUUUUGUAUGAAUUUUUAAAUUCAUAUAAAAUUGACAAAUUUGAUUUUCAAAAUUCUGAACUAUACAUUAAUUAAUAGAAGAAUUAAAAAGAAUUCUAAUACA